AUGGAUGGAUGGAUGGACGGACGAAUUGUUUCAAAACGACAUCAUUUCCCCUCAAGUUCCAGUUCCUCAGAUUCAUCAGCCUCAGACUCUGAGUCGUCUUCUUCACCGAGUGACGGGAAAAAGAGCAAGAAGGCCAAGAAGAAGAAGAAGAAGAAAGUGUCACAGUUUGGCAAAAGAAUGAAACACCCAGAAGAUGUCAAACACAGGUAUAUGUUUGUUCUUAAAACAUUCAAGAAAACACACAGCCUGAACCGAAGUUGUGAAAAACUCAACGUGGAUCGAAACACUAUUGCCUACACAGCCGUCAUUGCUGAAGUCCUUUUGGUAGCGGACAGCAAGGAGAAAUGUAGGGUUCCACCCUUUACUGGCGGCUCACUCCUUAAGUAUGCAAAAGAGGUGAAGGUUUUCCUUGAUGAUGAGCCAGAGUUAAGAGCAAGAAUAGACAAAAAGAAAAAAGAGAGAGUUGUUGCCCAUCUCUUACAAAAUCAAAGGGAAUUAGGAAGUUCUUCUUGAUUUUUUCUAUUUUUUUGUCACAACCUUUUGAGAAAAUGUUUGCAGUUUUAACAUGAAUAGUUUAGUUAAUGAGAAGUCUGUUUUUUCCAGCUAUUUCCAGGAUUGGAUGAUGUUUUAUUAAUUUCUUUGUGAUAACUAUUCAUGUGUGAUAAGUUUUUCUUUGAAUAUUACCCAUAAGAAGUGAAACCAUAGGGUUGUUUUAUUGAUUUACUUUGUUUUAUUUUUU